AUUGAUAAGAGCUUUAUGUGAGUAUGAGUGGUCACAGAGAACAUAUAAAUUCAAGGCAUACGAGGGAAAUCUUCCUAACAUCUUCAUCUCUGUCUUUUUCUUCACUGUCUUCCUCUGUUUCUUGGGAUGAUGCCGUAGAGCUAAGUACAAAAGAGUCCAAAGCAUCAUCUUCUGAGGAUACGAGUCAGCAGAAUGGGGUACUUUCAAAUGCUUCUUCUUCUAAAGGCUCUGACAUAUCGGGUGUGACUCAUGUCAGGAUGCAGCCUCCUUCUUCUGAAAUAUCGGGUUUGACUCAUGUCAGGAUGCAGCCAGCUCCAUCUCCACCUUCGAGGUUACGACCAGUUCACUUGAUGAAUAAAGGUAUAGCGAAUUACGAUCCCGGGAGAAUCCCUGCAUCGGUGUUUGGCAAGAAUGGAGAUGUGACUUGGAGCGAGAUUUCGAAUGAGUCUUUGUUUAGUCUGAAAAUUGAUGGGUAUAGAAAGUCAAACGCUCAAGCGCCUCGUCAAAGCAAUUUAAAACCUGAAGAAGUUUUGAUGUCGGGUGAGUUCUUGAGAUACUCUCCGUCUCUAGUAGUCAAGCCUGAGGAUGCAAAAGAGAAGAGAUCUGAAGUGAAAGAGAUAAAGAAUGAAGAAACAAGAGUUAAGAGUCACAUUCGUCAAGAGAAGUACCCGUCAUUUCCAGAUGUCCCAUUGAGUAGUAUCCCCAGCAACUUCUAUUGCCUAUAUGCGCCGCCGAUAAAAGGUCAAUCUUAUUCCCGUCCUGUCGAUGAGAAAAAGAAAAAUCUCGAGCUUUCCCAGAUCUAUCGGAGCUCCUGGGUUUAUAAAUCGCUGACUUCACAAUCGAUGGGUGGCUGCGUGGGUUGCUACAGAGAACACAGAUCAACUGCCACCACUCUGAAGGAUCCACCUUCCAAUUCCAUUGCUCGACCGUGUAAGAAACCUAGUGUCUCCGAAGAUUUCUGGUCAACAAGCACUGUUGAUAUGGACAACAUCACCUUCCCUUCACAGGGGAGCUUAUCAUCCAACCAGACUUUUGAUUCUCAGUCUGGUGCUAGAAACUCUAAUGCUCCUCCUGAAUUUGUUAAUCAGGGUCUUCUUCUUUGGAAUCAGACACGGGAGCGUUGGGUGGGCAAGGAAAAACCCAACAAGCCGGCGGAUCGCAAUCAAGGAGCCAAGUUAAAUUGGAACGCAGCAACGUAUGAUAGCUUGCUGGGGAGCAACAAGUUAUUUCCCCAACCCAUUCCUCUCACCGAAAUGGUGGAUUUUCUAGUGGACAUAUGGGAAGAAGAAGGACAUGUUCUUGUGUCUCCUGUCCCACUUGCACAUUGUUCCUACCUUCCAGGUGAUCUAGAGAAGAAGAAGAUGGAAAACACAGACGAACUUGUCUCCAUUGAGCUACCAGCUCCUGCUUCAUGGAAGAAACUGUUUUAUCCGAAAAGAGCAGGUACUCCGAGAAAGACAGAGAUUGUGUUUGUGGCUCCAACGGGUGAAGAGAUCAGCUCACGGAAGCAGUUGGAACAGUACCUCAAGGCCCAUCCUGGCAAUCCUCUCAUCUCUGAGUUUGAGUGGACAACUGGGGAAACUCCAAGGAGGUCUUCAAGGAUUAGCCAAAAGGUGAAGGCCACAACGCCUACUCCUGACAAAGAACCCCUCCUGAAGAAGAGACGAUCUUCUCUUACUAAGAAGGACAAUAAGGAGGCUGCUGAGAAAAAUGAAGAGGCUGCUGUGAAGGAGAACAUGGAUGUUGACAAGGAUGGAAAGACGGAAAACGCAGAGGCUGAGAAGGAGAAGGAGAAGGAGGGAGUGACAGAAAUUGCAGAGGCAGAGAAGGAGAACAAAGAGGGUGAGAAGACCGAGGCUGAGAAGGAGGGUCAAACGGAAAUUGCAGAGGCUAAGAAGGGUGAGAAGGAGGGUGAAAAGGCUGAGGCUGAGAACAAAGAGGCAGAAGUUGUGACUGACAAGAAAGAGUCCAUGGAAGUGGAUACCUCUGAGUUGGAGAAGAAGACUGAGAGUGGAGGAGGAGCUGAAGAACCUUCCAAAGUUGAAGGUCUCAAGGACACUGAAAUGAAAGAACCACAGGUAGUUGUUACUGAGGGUGAUGGAGAGAAGAAGCCUGCAGAUGAAAAGACUGAGAACAAGGGCAGCAUGACAACAGAGGCUAACGGAGAACAGAAUGUGACCCCGGGUGAACAUAACCUUGAUGCAGAUGCUGAAGUAAAUAAGGGAAAAGAACCCAAAGAAUAUGAUGAGAAGAAGAGUGAAGCUGAGGCAAAUAAGGGAAAUGACGCUCAAGAAUCUGAUGAGAAGAAGACAGAAGCUGCAGCAAAUAAGGAGAACGAAACCGAAGAAUCUGAUGUUACGAAGACAGAAGCUGCAGCAGCAACAGCAGUAGCAGAGGAGAAGAGUAACGACUUGAAGGCAGAAGACACAAACAGAAGCUUGGAGGCGAAUCAAGUUCAACAGCCGCAGGGCUCUGCAGCCUCUGUGAGCUGUUAAAACCUGUAUCGUUCUGUACAGAGCACAGAACGUGAAGAGUUUGUUGUGAUUUCAGGUGUAGCAUUAACAUUAUGAGUGCUUGUUGUAUGUGUUGGUAGAACUAAUGUCUCUCUAUGUAGUUCAGUUCAUUAUCAUUUGACGUUUGUACCUUUGUACUUUGUUGUAUCAUUAAUGUUAGGCAUUUAGACUAUUCUUUG